UCCCUCGCGGAUAGCCGCACAGAGAAGUAUACCGGAUUUUUCGUUAAUUGUUAUUCGUUAUUUUUCGAAGCUCAUAGGCCCGCUGUAUUCACAAUCGAUUUUGAGCUUUUUCAUUUGUUCACCAAUUAACUUUUCCAUACUAUUUUUAUACACAUUCGUUAUUGCUAUUUCCAUUACGUUUAUUUUAAUUAAAUUAUUUUCUCUUUACUCUUCGCAAACUUUUUACAGUACAUAUCGUUAGUCAUAGCUAUAUCGUGAGGUUAUUGUGAUUUUAGAUGGAUAUCACACCCGAAAAUAUCAACCAUUUGGUCAAAUGUUUACAAGCGACUCUAAGUCCUGAACCUACUGAACGAAAACAAGCCGAAAACUUUUUAUUAUCAAUUGAAUGCAACAAGAACUACCCGUUAUUAUUGUUACACAUCAUUAGUGCAUCAAAUGAUAUGAAUGUUGAGUUAGUGCGAAAAAUUGGGGCUGUAACAUUCAAAAACUAUAUAAAACGAAAUUGGCCUGUUGAUGAAGAAACUUUAGAAAAUAAAAUACAUCAAGAUGAUCGUGUUUUAAUUAAAGAACAGAUUGUGACUAUUAUGUUAAAUUCACCUGAAGCAAUUCAAAAGCAAUUAAGUGAUGCAAUUUCAUUGAUUGGCAAACAUGAUUUUCCAGACAAUUGGCCUAAUCUAUUACAAAAAAUCAUCGAAAACUUUAUGGCAUUUGCUGCUGCACCAACUGGCGAUUUAACUCCUAUAAAUGGUGCAUUAGAAACAGCUCACUCUUUAUUUAGGAAAUAUAGAUAUGAACUAAAGUCACAAAAGCUGUGGACUGAAAUUAAAUUUGUUUUGGAUACUCUUGCAAAACCUCUAACCGAACUAUUUGUUCUUACUAUGAAUUUGUGCGAAGUUUCAAAAGAUCCUAAACUUUACAAUGUUAUAUUGUUGCUUACAAAAAUAUUUUACUCGUUAAAUUACCAGGAUUUACCAGAAUUUUUUGAAGACAACAUGCAAACAUGGAUUGGUAAUUUUCAAAAACUUUUGGAAUUAGAAAUCAAAGAGUUGGAAACAAAUAGUGAUGAUGAAACCGGCAUAUUACAUCAAAUUCAAUCACAAAUCUGUGAAAACAUAUCGUUGUAUGCACAAAAGUAUGAGGAAGAAUUUUCCGCUUACAUGAAAGAUUUAGUUACAAUUAUUUGGAAAUUAUUAAUCAAAACUGGUUCUGAACCAAAAUAUGAUACUCUUGUGAUAAAUGCGUUACAAUUUUUGUCAACAACUGUGGUUAAACCACAAUACAAUGAGCUAUUCAAUGAUCCAUCGGUAUUUUCUGCAAUUUGUGAAAAAGUGGCUAUACCCAACAUGCAGUUCAAAGCGUCAGACGAAGAAUUGUUUGAAGACAACCCAGAAGAAUACAUACGAAGAGAUAUUGAAGGAUCAGAUGUUGAUACUAGAAGAAGAGCUGCAUGUGAUCUCGUCAAAGCACUUUCUAAAGAAUUUGAACAAAUUACGAUGUCAUCGUUCGGUUUAUACGUGAAGUCUAUGUUAGAACAAUAUGCUGCAAAUGAACAAAACUGGCGUAGUAAAGAUGCUGCAUUAUUUUUGGUCACUACCCUCGCCUCACGUGGUAGCACACAGCGCCACGGAACAACUAAAAUCAGUGAACUCGUGAACUUGGAAGAAUUUACCACGUUGCAUGUAUUACCUGAGUUAGCUAAUCCAAAUAUAAAUGGAAUGCCUGUUAUGAAAGCAGAUGCUAUUAAAUAUGUUGUGACGUUCCGAAGUGUAUUACCACCUCAGGUUGUGAUAAGCACGCUACCGGCUCUUACAAAACUUUUGGAAGCUGAGAGUGUUGUUGUAAGAAUUUACGCAGCAGCCGCAAUCGAUAAGAUUUUACUAUUAAAACACCCAGAAACUAAAGCUCUCGUCGUUAAUGCUGCUAUACUUGCGCCGUUUGCAGAACAGUUAAUAAAAUCUCUGUUUGGAAUAUUAACAAAACCUGGUUCUGAAGAAAACAGUCACACAAUGAAAGCUAUAAUGAGGACAUUUUUUACUCUAAAGCAACAAAUAAUACCUUUAUUGGCAGAACUUUUGCCUGUAUUAACCGACAAACUUAUAGUAGUGGCACGUAAUCCAAGUCAACCAGAAUUUAAUCAUUUCCUCUUUGAAACUAUUUCGUAUUGUGUUAAAUUGGUUUGUACUGUUACACCCGAAGGAGUUGCUUCAUUUGAAGGCGUAUUGUUCCCUAUAUUCCAAAUAAUAUUGCAACAAGACAUAUUGGAAUUUAUGCCUUACACUUUUCAACUUUUGGCUCAGUUACUAGAGUUCCACAGCUCUGGUGAUGUGGGUGAAGCGUAUACAAUAUUGUAUCCAUUUUUAUUAACGCCUGCUUUAUGGGAGAAAACUAGUAAUAUACAUCCAUUAGUGCGAUUGCUUAGGUCUUAUGUUGGAAAAACUGCACCGACAAAUUUCGAAAAAUCUUUAAAUAUUAAUGGACUACUAGGUGUGUUCCAAAAACUCAUUGCCUCUAAAUCGCAAGAUCACGAAGGUUUCCGUUUACUAAAAACUAUACUUGAACACUGUCCUGUGGAAACCAUACAGCCUCAAUUGAAAAAUAUAUUCAUUCUCUUAUUCCAACGACUGUCUUCUUCAAAAACAACCAAGUUUGUUAGAGAACUGAUAGCGUUUAUAUUUUUCUGUGUUAUUAAGUAUGGAGCAACGUCUAUAGUUGAUCUCAUCGACUCUGUUCAAAAUGGAAUGUUUGGAAUGUUGCUUGAAAAAAUCAUAUUACCUGAUGCACAAAAGGUAACGGGAAAUGUUAACAAAAAAGUAACUGGAGUUGGUAUUGUUAAAGUACUUUCCGAUACUCCUAAAUUAAUAGAUGGACCAUAUGCUCAAUUUUGGUCCCGUCUUCUCGAGUCUGUCAUAUGUUUAUUUGAACUUCCAGAAGAUGAAACAGUGUAUUCAGAAGAUAGAUUACUUCAAGACGACAAUGAUAACUCGUAUGAAGCUGGUUAUUCACAACUUGCGUUUGCCAGCGAAGUCGAAUAUGAUCCUUUAUCUGGAGUUGAUCCAAAAUCGUUCCUAGCUCAGUCUUUAACUAAAUUAAUGAGUCAAAUACCUGGUCGUGUUCCUCUUUUGAUAAAUCAAGGACUUGCAGAAGAAAAACGUGUUCAAAUACAAAAUUAUUUGGUUAGCAUUAAUGUACAAAUUGUAUAAUUUUUUAAAUCUUCUAUUAAUAUAUUUUAAGUGAGUUUUUGUACUGUUUAAUGAUUUAGUGUAAAAUUAAUAUUAAUUUGGUUAAGCAAUGAGCCUUACUUAGCUUGCCACCAUUGGUUAUAUUGCAGUUUAAUUUUUAAUGAACAUAUUUUUUUUUAAAUCUUUAACAAAGUGUACUAUAUUUCGAUUGAAAUACUUUAUUAUUUUAUCAUAUUUACAUGUCUACUAAUUAUUUAUAUUU